AUGCACGAAGACGAAAAGAAACGAAAAUAUGCCGAACGAGUCAACGAAAUUGAACACGGAACUUUUACYCCUCUCGUCUUUUCUACUACAGGAGGCACAUAUAGUUCUUUAAGUGACAAUGACCUUGAUUUAGCAGUAAGGCUGGCUCAAACUGAUCAUCAAAAUAUUGGGGUUAGAAUGUUAAAAGGCCAUCUACUAAGCAUGGGGCAUAGAGUGCAAAGAGAGCGAAUUAGGCAUUCACUCCUAACAAUUGAUCCCUCUGGAGCUAUGCAAAGGUGGAGGCAAACUGUUCAAAGAAGAAAAUAUAAUGUUYCCUCCCCUUUGGCAUUAUGGCACAUAGAUGGCAAUCAUAAGCUAAUAAGGUGGCGAAUCGUUGUGCAUGGUGGAGUCGAUGGUUUUUCAAGGAUACCAGUGUAUCUUAAAGCGUCAAAUAACAACAGGGCAGACACAGUCCUCCAUAAUUUUCUAGCUGCAGUUGAUGAGUAUGGAUUGGCAUCCCGAGUACGUUCUGAUAAGGGAGGGGAAAAUGUUGAUGAAUCCUGGAGUAUGCUGACACAUCCACAACGAGGACCAGGAAGAGGAAGCAUGAUUACAGGCAAAAGCACUCACAAUCAGCGCAUUGAAAGACUGUGGAGAGAUGUAUUUGAAGGAUGCCUCCAGCGGUUCUACGACAUAUUCUAUGAGCUAGAACAAUGUGGAUGGACAAAUCCAGAUGAUGAAAUCCACCUGUGGUGUUUACAUUAUGUCUUUUUUACCAGUUAUCAAUAGAAGGAUGGCAGUGUGGGCAAAUUCUUGGAUUCAUCACCCAUUGAGAACAGAAAAG